GGAGUUGAAAUGACAUAGAAAAGUCUUCAAAGUGCUGACUGCGAAAUGAGCUCCUUCCACUUGAUGCUGAAAGGAGGUAAACUGAAACUCCAAGAAUGAUGAUCAGCUCAUUGGCAAGUUACAGGAAAACCACAUACAAGGCAACUAAAUAAAGACUAUGCAAAAGAUGACAUCUACGGUUUUGCUCAUUGGUUGUCUCAUUCUACUGAUACCUCUGUUCAGUGCUGAAAAAUGUGUUAUUUGUGAUUACUUUGUGCUUGUUGGAGAGCCUACAGCUAUUAGCUGCCCAAUAAUUACAUUGCCAGUGCUUCACUCUGAUUACAAUCUGACAUGGUAUAAAAAUGGUAGCGCUACACCAGUAACCACAGAGAGAGAUGCCAGGAUCCAUCAGCGAGAGGGCUUGCUUUGGUUUAUUCCUGCAACGCUGGAAGAUUCUGGACUUUAUGAAUGUGAUGUAAGGAGCCUUAACCACUCUAACAAAAAAACUAUAAAUUUAACAGUUUUUAAGAACGAUAACGGUUUGUGUUUUAACGAAAAAAUGAAGUUUGAACAAAAAGUGGUGAGCACAAAUACUGGAAAGAUUAUAUGCCCUGAUCUAGAACAUUUUAAAGAUGAAGACAAUAAUCAACCUGAAGUACACUGGUAUAAGGAGUGUAAGCCUGGAUUUCUUGAAGACAAGCGACUUCUUUUGGCAGAGGGUGAAAAUUCUGUCUUGAUUUACAACGUAACUGUACAAGACAGAGGAAACUACACAUGCCGUAUGGUAUAUACAUACAUGGGAAAACAAUAUAAUGUUUCACGAACCAUAAGUCUAGAGGUUAAAGAAGGACCACUGCACAUGAUACCAGAGUUUAUUUACCCGAAGAACAAUACAAUUGAAGUAGAACUUGGCUCUCAUGUAGUUAUGGAAUGUAAUAUAUCAAGUGGGAUAAAUGGCUUGAUUCCAUUCUGGCAAGUUAAUGAUGAGGAUGUUGAUAGCUUUGAUAGCACCUACAGGGAACAGUUUUAUGAAGAGGGGAUGCCUCAUGGACUUGCUGUAUCUGGAACAAAAUUUAACAUUUCAGAAGUAAAAGUAAAGGAUUAUGCUCAUAAAUUUUUCUGUCACUUCAUAUAUGCUUCUCAACAAUUUACGGCCUACAUCAAAUUGGAACGCCCAGCUCAGAACAUUCAGCAUUACUUAAUUGGAGGAGGAGUUUCUUUGGUAUUUUUAGUAUUUUUUACUCUCUUUAUCUACAAGAUCUUCAAAAUUGAUAUUGUGCUUUGGUAUCGGGACUCCUGCCAUCCCUUCCUGGGUAAAAAAGUUUCAGAUGGGAAGAUCUAUGAUGCUUAUGUUCUGUAUCCAAAGAACAGAGAGAGCUGCUUGUAUUCAUCAGAUAUUUUUGCUCUGAAGAUACUGCCAGAGGUCUUAGAAAGACAGUGUGGAUAUAACCUCUUCAUAUUUGGGAGGGAUGAUUUACCAGGAGAAGCUGUGAUCAGUGUUGCUGAUGAAAAAAUCCGUCAAAGUAGAAGAGUGAUAAUUGUUUUAGUACCAGAACCCUCCUGUUACAGUAUUCUAGAAGAUGUGUCUGAAAAGCAGAUAGCCAUGUAUAAUGCUCUUAUCCAAGAUGGCAUUAAAGUAAUUCUCAUUGAACUUCAAAAAAUACAAGAUUAUGCAACCAUGCCAGAAUCCAUCAAAUAUAUUAAGCAAAAGCAUGGGACUAUCCGAUGGAAAGGGGACUUCUCAGAAAGGUCUCACUCAGCCAGUACCAGAUUCUGGAAGAAAGUGCGCUACCACAUGCCAUCCAGAAAAAAUGGAUCUUCAUCAGGAUUGCAUUUGUUACCAAAAGACUUUAAUUCUCCCUAA